AUGACGCUGCUCAAGGACAAAACUACUGCUUACGCCACGAGGGGGCUCCCUCCGGCCCCCAGUGUCUCCAUGAAGACUAUACCUAUGGCCGGGUUGUUGGUUGACGCAUAUGGUCUGGAAGAGCUGAAGCCUGAAGUCCCGGUGACUUGCCUGUGGUUACUCCAUCCGCGCACGCGGAAUCGGGCGCGGAUGAGCGAUAUUGCGUGUCGAGUUGUGCAGAGCUAUAACGAAAGCUCGUCUUCUUCCGCACAGGGUCUCAUCGCACUGGCCUUUGACAUGCCCAACCACGGCACGAGGCUCGUCUCCGAACUGGGCAACAAGGCAUGGAAAGACGGCAAUUCAAAGCACGCAUUAGACAUGAUGGGUAUGGUAAGGGGCGGAAAAGGCGACAUGAGCGCACUCAUGGAUGUCGUGGGUGGAUAUCUGACCCGUGACAUUGGGGGACAUGUGGUUCUCGGCUGGAGCCUGGGGGGCCAUGCUGCUUGGGAGGCUUGGAUCGGAGAGCCAAGGGUCAAAGCUGGCGUCGUCGUAGUAGGCUGCCCUGACUUUAUGGGACUCAUGGGGGAUCGAGCAAAAAGGUCUGACUUGGAUUGUGGCGAGAACUUUUUGGGAAGCCAGUACUUCCCAAGGGACCUUAUACUAGUAUGCGAAGCGCAUGAUCCGAAAGGGAUAUUGUUUGGGACAGCGGCACUCCCGUCGUUGCCUCUAUCUCCGGAAGAAAAGACCCGAUUAAGAGAGACUCUGCAGUCGAGAGGCUGCCUCCAGGGGAAGAAGCUUCUCCUCUGCUCAGGAGCUGACGAUCGCUUGGUGCCGCACAGAAACAGCAAACGGAUGGUGCAGAUACUCAAAGAACUUGAGAUUGACGUCGAUGACAGGGUGUAUGAGGGCGUCGGUCACGCCUUCAGUGCGGAUAUGGUACAAGAUGCAGUCGCUUUUCUGGUACAAGCAGUCGCAGAUGGAGCCCAGCAAAACUCACGUCUAUAG